AUGGAGGCGUUGAAGUUGCACAACUCUCUGAGGCCCGGCCAGCCGGUGCCCUUCGUUCCGAUCAAGCCAGGAAAGGUGUCCUGGUACGCUUGCGGUCCUACAGUUUACGACAAGAGCCAUCUGGGCCAUGCUCGCAACUAUGUCUCCACUGACAUUAUCCGGCGCAUCAUGAUGCACUACUUCGGUGCUGACGUGCAGUUCGUCAUGAACAUCACCGAUAUUAUCAUCAAGGCCCGCAGACAACGCCUGCUCGAGCUCGAGAAACAAAAGAAGUACGCGGAGGAGGAGCUCUACAACCUGGCCUUGACUGCCUUCCGCGCCUACGCGGAGAAGAGCUUGCCUCUCCUUGCCACAUCCGACGGCCAACCCCUCGACGAGAACAGCUACCUCGAGCGAAGAGGUAGCGCAUACGGUAAGGUUUUGGCGGGCGGCACGCUCACUGGAGAGGGCAAGCCUGGCGACGACGAGGCCAAGACGAAGAUGCAUAUCAGCAACAUGGAUGCUGCGGCGUUUGCAAUCAAAGACAAGAAGUUCUACCCGGGAAUUGACGAAAUCCUGCUGCCGUACCUUGACUCGUUGUACAAGGAGACAAUCGACACCAGUGAUCAGACCAUCUUCACCGACCUGACCCAGAGCAUGGAGAAGCUCUUCUUCGACGACAUGGAUGCGCUCAACUGCUUGCGCCCCGACGUUAUCACGAGAGUCACCGAGUACGUACCUCAGAUUGCGGCCUUUGUAGAGCGCAUUGCGGACAAGGGCUUCGCCUACGAGUCUGACGGUUCCGUCUACUUCGAUAUUACGGCUUUCGAGAAGGCAGGCAACACCUACGCGAGGUUGCGCCCUGGAAACCGGAACGACAAGUCAUUGCAGGAGGACGGAGAGGGAGCGCUGUCAAAGAACCUGGGCGAGAAGCGCAACGAGGGCGACUUUGCGCUCUGGAAGAAGUCGAAGAAGGGAGAGCCGUACUGGCCCAGCAGGUGGGGUCAGGGUCGUCCCGGCUGGCACAUUGAGUGCUCCGUGAUGGCCUCUGACAUCCUCGGCGCGCAGAUGGAUAUUCACUCUGGUGGUAUCGAUCUGGCCUUCCCCCACCACGACAACGAGUUGGCUCAGUCCGAGGCUUUCUACUGCGAGAAGGAGAAGGGCGAGCACACCUGGGUCAACAACUUCCUGCAUAUGGGUCACCUUUCCAUCUCUGGAUCCAAAAUGUCCAAGUCCCUGAAGAACUUCCAGACCAUCCAAGACGCACUUGCGACAACGUACUCUGCCCGAGGAAUGCGCAUUGUGUUCCUCAUGGGCAAGUGGAACGAUGGUGUCGAAAUUUCUCCCGACAUGAGAGCGCAGGCAUCAAGUUGGGAGGCCACCGUGAACAACUUCUUCUCCAACGUCAAGGCGCUCGUUGCCGAUGUCAGCGCAUCGACCGAGGGCGUCGAGUCCCUUUCCAUUGCCGAGAAGCCCACCGACGGGUUGUUGGCUGAGCUCGAGAAGGCCAAGACCGAUCUGCACACCGCCCUUACAAACUCUUUUGAUACCCCCCAGGCGAUGCGCGUCAUCCAGGAAUUGGUCAGCGAGGCAAACAAGGUCAUUGUUGCUCAGGACGCCGAGGCGAAGCUGCCCGAGCUUGUGGCUAUUGGCCAGUGGAUCACCAAGAUCCUGGGCAUCUUUGGUCUUGACGAGAACGCCAAGGCGCCUUAUGACGGCCUUGGAUGGGCUCCUUCCGCCAAGAAGAACGUCGACCCCGAAGCUGCGGUGCAGCCGUAUGCCGCGGUCUGGAAGAAGGUCAAGGCGGACAUCGAAGCGUUGAAGGUGUCGUCGGACUCCGUUUCCAGCCUGCUCAGCCAGGACCCUGAUGCCGAAUUCGCAUCCAUUUCACAGAAGGGCGUUCGCGACUCCGAACAGCUCGCGCUUCCAUACCUGCGUGCUGUCUCUAGGUUGCGUGACGAGCUGCGCCGUAUCGUCUCGUCGGUCUCUCCCGACAUCAAGAAGGCCAUUCUCUCGCUGACGGAUCGUAUUCGUGACGAGGACCUGACCGUGCUUGGCGUCUCACUGGACGACAGGCCGGACGGCAAGUCGUCUCUGAUCAAGUUCAUCGACGCCAGUGAGUUGAUUGCUGCCAGAAACGAGAAGCUGGCCCGGGAGGCCGAGAAGGCACGAGCUAAGGAGGAAGCCAAGCGCGCGCGCGAGCAAGUGGAGAAGGAGAAGUGGGAGAAGGCCAAGCUCCCCCACACGGAGAUGUUCAAGGGAGAUGAGAAGUACUCGGAGUGGGACGCCGAGGGGCUUCCCACCAAGCUCAAGGACGGCAGUGACGUGCCCAAGAGCCAGCUGAAGAAGCUGCAGAAGGAGUGGCAGAGGCAAAAGAAGGCCCACGAAGAGUGGCAGGCCAAGUUUGGCGGAGCAAAAGCAUAG